GCCCAGAACCAUAACCAAACCAAUGACAAUGCUCAACGCUGAGACGUGAUCACAGUGUGGCGGCAACACAAUUAGCGAGCGCGAAACAGACACUGAUCGAUCGAGAAAUCUGACGAGAAAAGCAAUUAAAAAAGGCGGAAUCAAGCGCCACAGAUGGCGGAGGACGGUGGAGGUGGAUGGUUUCCACCGAUGGAUCUGUUCCGUUCAGAGCCCAUGCAUUUGGUACAACUCAUCAUUCCUAUUGAGUCCGUUCACUUGACAAUCUCUUACCUCGGAGAUAUCGGCCUCAUUCAAUUCAAAGAUCUGAAUGCAGACAAAAGUCCUUUCCAGAGAACAUAUGCAAGCCAGAUCAAAAGAUGUGGAGAAAUGGCACGAAAGCUUCGGUUCUUCAAAGAUCAAAUGUCAAAGGCGGGUACCACAUGGUCAUUAAAACCUAAUAUAUUAGCUGAUAUUCAUCUGGAUGAUGUAGAGUUGAGACUUGGAGAACUCGAAGCAGAGCUGAUUGAAAUCAACACAAAUAAUGAAAAGUUGCAGCGUAGUUAUAACGAGCUUACAGAAUAUAAGCUAGUUCUAAUAAAGGCUGGAGAAUUUUUCAAAGCUGCACAAAGCAGUGCUACAGCUAAGCAAAGAGAGUUUUCCUCAAAUAAGCUACCUCCUGAAUCUUUGACAAUUCCUCUAUUGAAGGAUGAUGAAUCAGAAAACGACCUAAGCAAACAAGUGAAAUUAGGGUUUCUAACUGGGCUUGUGCCUAAAGAAAAGGCUAUGGCUUUUGAGAGGAUUUUAUUUCGUGCUACAAGGGGUAAUGUGUUUUUAAGACAGGCUCCUCUUGAAGAACCUGUGGUUGAUCCUACUUCUGGACAGAAGGUUCAGAAAAAUGUUUUUGCUGUUUUCUUUUGUGGAGAAAGAGUGAAGAGCAAAGUUGUUAAAAUAAGUGAUGCUUUUGGAGCAAAUCGUUACCCUUUUGCAGAAGAUCUUGCGAAACAAUCACAGAUAUUAAAAGAGGUAUCUGGAAGGAUAUCUGAGCUAAAGAUGACAAUACACGCUGGACUUUUGCACCAAGGCACUUUGUUACAAAAAAUUGGAGAACAACACGAACAUUGGAAUCAAGUGGUAAGGAAGGAGAAAGCUAUUUAUCACAUUUUAAACAUGCUGAGUAUUGAUGUGACAAAAAAGUGUCUUGUGGCUGAAGGGUGGAGCCCUGUAUAUGCAACUAAAAGGAUCCGACAUGCACUGCGUAAGGCAGCAAUUGACUCAAGCUCACAAGUUGGCUCCAUAUUCCGUGUUUUGCACACAAAAAAGUUACCUCCAACUUUUUUCCGAACAAAUAAAUUUACACAGUCCUUUCAGACGAUUGUUGAUGCAUAUGGGGUGGCUAGGUACCAAGAAGCAAACCCUGGAGUAUACACUGUUGUCACAUUCCCAUUUCUGUUUGCUGUAAUGUUUGGUGAUUGGGGUCAUGGUAUAUGCCUCCUUCUAGCAACUUUAUAUUUAAUAUCAAAGGAGAAGAAAUUUUAUGGUCAGAAGCUUGGAGACAUUGUGGAGAUGACAUUUGGUGGGCGUUAUGUCAUAUUGCUGAUGUCACUUUUCUCCAUCUACACAGGAUUGAUAUACAACGAGUUUUUCUCGGUUCCUUUUGAGUUAUUUGGUCCUUCAGCUUAUGCCUGCAGGGAUGAUUCCUGCAGAGAUGCUACAACUAUAGGGUUGAUAAAGGUGCGUGAUACUUACCCAUUUGGUGUGGACCCUGUAUGGCAUGGGACUCGUAGUGAGUUGCCAUUUCUCAACUCGUUGAAGAUGAAAAUGUCGAUUCUGAUUGGGGUAGCACAAAUGAACCUUGGGAUUAUUUUGAGCUUUGUCAAUGCCUUGUAUUUUAGAAAUAGCUUGAAUAUAUGGUUCCAAUUUAUUCCACAAAUGAUUUUUUUGAAUGGUCUGUUUGGAUACCUUUCCCUUCUUAUAAUCGCAAAGUGGUACACUGGUUCAAAAGCUGAUUUAUACCAUAUAAUGAUAUACAUGUUCCUAAGCCCCACUGAUGAUCUUGGUGAAAACCAGCUUUUUAAUAACCAGAAGACAAUUCAGAUUGGGCUGCUACUACUUUCACUAAUUGCAGUCCCAUGGAUGCUGUUCCCUAAGCCUUUCAUUCUGAAAUCACAACAUAACCUGAGACAUGGAGAUAUAGAUGAGUAUGAACUACUGGAAGACAUAGACGACUCUUUGCAUGGAGAGGCUAAUGUUGAUUCAGAGGGUGAUCAUGAAUUCGAGUUCAGUGAAGUAUUUGUUCAUCAACUCAUCCAUACAAUAGAAUUUGUUCUUGGGGCUGUAUCAAAUACAGCUUCAUACCUUCGUUUAUGGGCACUCAGUUUGGCACAUUUGGAAUUGUCAGCUGUAUUCUACGAGAAGGUUCUUCUACUUGCAUGGGGGUAUGACAACGUUGUCAUCCUCAUCAUAGGCAUCGUUGUAUUCAUUUUUGCAACUGUAGGAGUGUUGCUAGUAAUGGAAACCCUAAGUGCUUUCCUACACGCAUUAAGACUUCACUGGGUGGAAUUCCAAAACAAGUUUUACGGAGGAAACGGACAUCAAUUUCGUCCCUUCUCCUUUCAAUUACUCAGUAACGAGGAUGAAUCAACUUAA